UCCUAUUGGUCGAAAGACGUCUGUUGUGCCGACUUCCUAGGCUGUCUUUGAUAAACAAACCUAAAAUUAGUUAGCUAAGUAAGCUACUCCCGUAGCUAGCUCGUCCUUAAGUCCAUCUGCGUUUCCUGUCAUUCUCUUGAGGUAUUUUAAAUGCUGAGUAAAACGGCUAGAGUAAGUGUCUACUUCAAGUGUGAGAGAAAGAAAACCCGCGUGGACAACCAGGCUUAGAAAAUCUGCUGCUGCAGCUGCGUGCAACCACGAUUCUUCUGAUCGUUGCUACGUAGGUGGAUGGCCCCCAACCUCAACAUUGUUUUUUGUGACAGUUAACUUAUGCAUCUUAGUUGACCUGCCAAAGGUUGCUUGCUGGCCAUAGCUCUGAUAUUAAAAGGUCCUUGUAUCGAAAAUAUUUUCCCAUAGACAUGGUGAAACUCACUAAGGCAAAGACGUUCCAGGCUUACCUAGACUCCUGUCAUCGAAGGUACAGCUGCGUCCACUGUCGUGCACAUCUGGCUAACCACGAUGACCUCAUCUCUAAAUCUUUCCAGGGUAGCCAGGGGCGAGCCUACCUCUUCAACUCUGUGGUGAACGUGGGCUGUGGCCCUGCCGAGGAGAGGCUGCUGCUCACAGGGCUCCAUGCGGUGGCAGACAUCUAUUGCGAGAACUGCCACACCACCCUUGGCUGGAAAUACGAGCAGGCAUUUGAGCUGAGUCAGAAAUACAAGGAGGGAAAGUUCAUCAUUGAGCUGUCCCACAUGAUCAAGGACAAUGGGUGGGAUUGAGAGGGGAGGGGGGUGGAUACUGUUUUCAUGCACCCUCUGCUCUCCUGUCACCCCCCAACUCCUCCCUUCUCAACCACCUCGCCGAAAGGGGUUUAACUGUAACCUUUUCACCUCACGUAAGCACCACCAGCGUGCUGCCCUGCCACUUCAUACAGCUUUGCCAAGAAUAGCAUGUGAUGCGUGUAUUUUAGAUAUAGCUCAUAUACAUACACACACAUUUAUAAAAAAAACUACAAAAACAAAUCCCCCCCACUAUUAUUAGAGCACUGUGUAAUAUUCCUGUGUUAGGAAUAGUGUACAAGAACUGUUUUUUGUUGUUGUGUGUGUGAAUGACCAAGAGAGAAAGGAAGAGCAUGUAUACACAGGCGAGGUUAAGAGACUGUGUUGUGUAGCUUUUUCCAGCAGCCUCACUAAAUAGUACUCGCUUCAGCUAUAGUUUGUGAGGGAUUUUAGUUGAUUUCUCUCAAAGGAUAUGCAUUAAGUGUUGUCCCCCAGGGUAAAAACAAAAACAUUAUUUUUUUAAACUUCUAAUCAGGUAUGCCUUUUUAGGUUUUAGGGGAAGAUGGGAGUGUGUCUUAAGCGUUUCAUCCAUACAAGGAAUGCAAGUUCAUUUGAAAUGGUGUAUCAAGUGCAAUAUGUACGAAUGUGUGUCACUUUACAAUGUAAGAAAUAAUGUUGGUCAUAAUCCUCAAAAUGGUUAGUUAGUUAGUUGUAAACAUAAAAGCCUGCAAUUCAAGUCUGCAAGUAUGUAAUUACCAUGCAUGUCUGGGUGUAUUCUGUGAAUGCUGCCUGUGGGUAUAUGUUUUACCAUGUGUGAGAGUGCACAUUUGUGAGCUUACUGAGUGUAUGUGUAUGAAAAGAUUAUUAUACCAUUAUCAUUAGCGUGAUAGUUAUAAUCAAUAUGUUAUUGAGAUUUUCUUUCCUUUUUCUAUUUUCUUUGCUUUGGAAAUUAAUUCUAUAGCCUAACAUUGAACAGCAUGUACAGAAACAUUUAUUGGGUCAUGUUAGAGCAUUGUGUAAUAUCAAGUUGAUGGAAAAUAUCAAUACUGUGUAGCAGAUGAUGAUGAUGAUGACUUUAUGUAAGCUUUUUUCAUUAAAGUGUACUAUUUUAACAUGAA